CAGGAAGGGCCAGCGAAGGGUCAGGGCUGCGCGACAUGGCCAAGGGGACGGACCGGAGAGGCUCGGGGGCGCUGAGGAUGCAGGCGUGCCGGACCAACAACGGCUUUGUGCACAACGAGGGCCUCCCGGCCAGCGAGCCCGAGCGGGCGCGGGACCCGGCCAGCGAGCCCGAGCGGGCGCGGGACCCGGCCAGCUCGCCGCCCUGCCCGGGGCCGGGGUCGGCGGGGCCGGGGUCGGCGGGGCCGGGGUCCGCGGGGCCGUACGCAGGCAUGCCCAAGGAGGUGCUGUUCCAGUUCUCGCGCCGGGCCCGCUACCGGGCGCCCCGGGAGGCCCUCUUCUGGCUCACGGUGGCUUCGGUGCUCGCGCUCACCGGCGCCACCAUCGCCAUCAUCGCCGUGUCGCCCCGGUGCCUGGACUGGUGGCAGGCGGGGCCCGUGUACCGGAUCUACCCGAGGUCCUUCAGGGACAGCGACGCGGAUGGGAACGGAGACCUGAAAGGUAUUCAAGAGAAACUGGACUACAUCACAACUUUAAAUAUAAAAACCAUUUGGAUUACUUCGUUUUAUAAAUCGUCCCUUAAAGAUUUCCGAUAUGGUAUCGAAGACUUCCGAGACAUUGAUCCUAUUUUUGGAACAAUGAAAGAUUUUGAGAAUCUGCUUGCAGCCAUACAUGAUAAAGGUUUAAAAUUAAUAAUCGAUUUCAUACCAAACCACACCAGUGAUAAACAUGCUUGGUUUCAACUGAGUCGGAAUCGGACAGGGAAAUAUACUGAUUAUUACAUCUGGCAUGACUGCACCCAUGAAAAUGGCACAACCAUACCACCCAACAACUGGUUAAGUGUGUACGGAAACUCCAGCUGGCACUUUGACGAAGUACGAAACCAGUGUUAUUUUCACCAGUUUUUGAGAGAACAGCCUGACUUAAAUUUCUACAAUCUUGAUGUUCAAAAAGAAAUAAAAGAAAUUAUACAGUUCUGGCUCACAAAGGGUGUUGAUGGUUUUAGUUUCGAUGCUGUUAAAUUUCUUCUAGAAGCAGAACAUCUGAGAGAUGAAGCUCAAGUGAACAAGGCUCAAAUACCGGACACGGUCACACACUACUGGGAGCUGUACCAUGACUUCACCACCACGCAAGUUGGAAUGCAUGACAUUGUCCGGAGUUUCCGGCAGACAAUGGACCAGUACAGCAGGGAGCCUGGGAGAUAUAGGUUCAUGGGGACUGAAGCCUAUGGAGAGAGCAUUGACAGGACCAUGAUGUACUAUGGAUUGCCUUUUAUUCAAGAAGCAGACUUUCCCUUCAACGAUUAUCUCAGUAAGCUAAAUACUCUUUCUGGGAACAGUGUGUUUGAGAUUAUCACAUCCUGGAUGGAAAACAUGCCAGAAGGAAAAUGGCCUAACUGGAUGAUCGGUGGACCGGACAAUGCCCGGCUAACUUCUCGUUUUGGGGAAGAAUAUGUCAACAUCAUGAACAUGCUUGUUUUCACACUCCCUGGAACUCCCAUAACUUACUAUGGGGAAGAAAUAGGAAUGAGAAAUAUUUUAGUCACAAAUUUCAAUGAAAGCUAUGAUGUUAAUACUCUUCUCUCAAAGUCACCAAUGCAGUGGGACAAUAGUUCAAAUGCUGGUUUUUCUGAAGCCAAUCACACCUGGUUACCCACCAGUUCAGAUUACCAUACUGUGAAUGUUGACGUCCAAAAGACUCAGUCCAGAUCAGCAUUGAAGUUAUAUCAAGAAUUAAGUUUGCUUCAUGCCAAUGACCUGCUCCUCAGCAGGGGCUGGUUUUGCUAUUUGAGGAAUGACAGCCACUCUGUUGUAUACGCAAGAGAGCUGGAUGGCAUUGAUAGAGUCUUUCUCGUGGUUCUGAAUUUUGGAGAAUUAUCACUGGUAAAUCUCCAGGAAAUGAUUUCCAACAUUCCCGCAAGAAUGAGAAUAAGGUUAAGUACUAAUUCUGCUGACGAUCGCAAUACAGUUGAUACAAAUGCCAUUUUACUGGAUAAAGGAGAAGGCCUCAUCCUUGAAUACAACACGAACAAUCUCCUUCAUCACCAAACAGCUUUCAAAGACAGAUGCUUUGUUUCCAAUCGGGCAUGCUAUUCCAGUGUAUUAAACAUACUGCACAGCUUGUGUUAGGUACCUCUAUGAAAGAGAUGAAGACACUAGCAUUCUGUUUUAUUACAAGCAUUUGCAGUAACUUCAUGUAUAGCAUGCUGCUGGGUAAAAACAGCUUGAAUGCAAAGGUUCCCAAAUGUUUUUAAAAAAUAAUAAAAUUAUCACUUGCAGAACUUGUAA